UUGGGGUAAUAUCUAGUUAGUUAAAUACUAUAAAUUCUCCUUAAAUCCAAAUAUCAAUUCAAUUCAGCAAAAAUAAGUGAAAAUUGUAAUUAUGUGGGUUUUCGCCGACGUCAAUAAUGUUGGCUAAAUAUUUGAAUACUGUAGCAAUUAUGUGAGUCAUGGGAUGUAUUAAGAUUUGAAGUGAAAAGUCAUAGUUUGUUUAAAUUAUUAUUGUCCAAUUGAAAACAAUUAUAGGAGUGGAUGUGUUGACCGUAUUAUAUAAGAGUACUAAUAUGUAGCUAUAUAGCAAUAGCAAUAGCAAUAGCAGUAGCAUAGUGGUACACUAUUAGCACAUGCAUAAGUGAUAGUAAUAAAUAAAUAAAUAAAAUUGAUGACAUAAUAUUAUAUGCAAAAAGGCCGACAUGGGAUGUUGCAUCCGAGAGGAAUUCCACUAUCACAUAAAUUUGAGUGUGUAAGAAAUUGAGGUUGAAAACAGACUAGUCAAUCUCUCUCUCUCUCUAGAAUACUGAAGAAGAGAGGUAUGAACUACAAAUGAACACAUGUAAUUAGAUGGAUGCAGUUAGUCGGCAACUCCACCAUUAUACAUAGUAGUAGAUAUUAUAACUAAGACUUUUCAAAAAGGCUAUUCUAUAUAUAGAUAUCAAUCUACCCCUCUAAAUUUGAUCAUAAAUUCAUAUUCAUAUUCAUAUUCAUACAGGGGCGACCAGAGAACAUAUACAAGCAAGGAAGGAAGGAUGGGUUUGGAUGGUCGUGGCUUUCUUGUGGCCGUGCUCGUGGCGGCGGCCCUCGUCGGAAAAGCGUCUGCGGCUACCUAUAUUGUCGGAGACAGUCUAGGCUGGAGUAUUCCUAGCAGCCCCACCGACUACGCCACCUGGGCUAGUCGCCAUGUUUUUACAUCUGGAGAUGUUCUUGUGUUCAAUUUCAUAACAGGGCAGCACGAUGUAGCUGAAGUGAGUAAGGCAGCAUUUGAUAGUUGUAGCUCCACCGCCCCCUUGGUGCUCGCCACCGUUGGCCCAUGGAACACCACUCUCAACGCCACCGGAGAGCAUCACUACAUCUGUACAUUCGGCACUCAUUGCUCCUUGGGCCAAAAGCUGGCCAUCAAUGUCACUGCCGCCUCGUCUCCGUCUCCGUCACCGGCUCCUUCUCCCCCUGUGGUCCCCACCCCAGCCCCAGCCCCGGCCCCCGGUGUCGCCCCUACACCGCCGGGAUCACCGUCUCCGUCACCAACACCAACACCAACACCAACACCAGCGCCAACGCCGGGAUCACCGUCUUCAUCACCCUCACCAACGCCGGGAUCACCGUCUUCAACACCCGGUGGAAGUCCAUCACCGGGGACUCCAGGAGCGGCUCCUAGUACACCGGAGGGCCCGCCUGCGCCCCCGUCUCCUGGCUCCUCCGCCACGAUUGCGACUAUGAGUGCUACCUCGGUGGUAUUUGCCUGGGUUGCCUUGGGCCUCAUCAUGUAGACAGACUUGUCGUUUGUAUUAUUUGGUGUCGCUUUAUGUAUACCUGUUAGAUUUGGGCGUUUCUGGUGAUGUUUAUGAAUUAUGAGAGUAGUUCACGUGGAUAGGACCAUUGUUUGGAUUUCAUUUAUCUGGCAUUGAGAGCCAUGUUUGUGUAUGUUUUCAUUGUGUAGUUAAUAAAUUUCAUUGGUUUUUCUCGUGUAAA